CAGAAGCUUAAAGGGCCCUCCGAGAGCUAAUCCCAGCCGCAGCCAUCUGAGAGCGGAUGUGUGUGGGGGAAACGCGUGGGCGAGCGGAGGCCCACCUACCACUCCUCCUUCCUCUGGCCUCCAGGGUGCGGCCAUGGCCCCGCUGCUCCCCGCUGAUGUGACGGUGACCCGGCUCUCCCGCUCCAUCCACCUGUACUGCAGGCCGGGUCGGCGGGGUCCCCAGGGCCCCGCCCACUGCUCCUGCUCCUGCCGUGGCUGGGGGCGAGGCCAGCUGCCCAGGGGGAGUACCUGCAGCUGUACCUGGCCUGCGGCUUCGACGUGCUGGCCGUGGAGAGCGCGCUGAGCCACUUCCUGUGCCCACGCCGGGGCCUGAGGUGGGCUGCCCACGUGCUGGCACUGCUGCAGGGGCCUGGGGCCCUGGCCAGCCGCCCACUGGUGGUGCACGCACUCUCCCUGGGUGGCUACACCUUUGCACAGAUGCUCCUGCUCAUGGGCCAGGACCUGGGGCUCCACGGCAGCGUGGCCCAGCGCCUGAACGGCCAUAUUUUCGACAGCCUGGUGGUGGGCAGCCUGGACCGCAUGGCGCUGGGUGUGUCUCAGCUGAUGAAGCCACAGGCCCUGGGCACAGUGGUCAGGGCCACAGCCAUGUUCUACUUCCACCUGUGUCCCAGCUGUACCAUCCGGCAUUACGAGGCUGCGGUGGGCGCGUUCCAGCAGCCACCCGUCAGGCCCCCGACGCUUGUCUACUAUAGCCUGGACGAUCCCCUCUGUGACAGUGCCCGCCUGCAGGAGCUGCUGGCCGCCUGGCAGCAGCUGGGCAUGCCGGUGUGGGUGCAGGCCUGGGAGACCUCGCGCCAUGUGGCCCACCUGCGCCAGCACCCCCUGGAGUACAGCAGCACCCUCGCCACCUUCCUGGGGAGGCUCGGCCUUGUGGCCCCCGCAGCCCGGCUCUGA